AUGGAGAGCGUAGACCUCGUCGUCAUUGGGUCCGGCUGGCACGGCCUCGUGGCCGCAAAGACGUACCUCGAGGUCAAUCCGACUGCUGCGGUCGUUGUCGUUGAGGCAGAAUCGUCCAUCGGCGGCGUCUGGGCCAGACACCGUCUCUACAAAGGCCUCAAGUCGAACAACCUGCUCGGAACAUACGAGUACAGCGACUUUCCCAUGGACGAGGACACCUUUGGGGUCAAGUCCGGCGAACACAUCCCUGGAGAUGUGGUGCAUGCCUACUUGGUUAAGUACACCGAGCACUUUGGGUUCGCGGACAGGAUCCGCCUGAAUAGCAGAGUUGAGAGCGCUGAGCGUCAGCCGGACGGAUCGUGGCUGCUCACUAUUGCCUCGUCCGCACCGUCCAGCACAGCUCUGCACACGCGCAAGCUCAUCGUAGCCACCGGCAUGACGUCGCAGCCCUUUCUCCCCGAUUUCCAAGGCCAGGACUCCUUCGACGCCCCGCUGUUCCACUGUCGCAAACUGCGGAACUACGAGACGGAGGUCCUUCAGCAGGGCAAGCGUGCGACCAUCUUCGGGGGCACCAAAUCCGCCUGGGAUGCCGCAUAUGCCUGCGCGAUCUCCGGAGUGCAAGUGGACUGGAUCAUCCGAGAAUCAGGACAUGGACCGACCUGGAUGGCACCGCCGUAUGUCACGCCGCUGAGGAAAUGGCUGGAGAAGCUGGUCACCACGCGCUUCUUGACCUGGUUUAGCCCCUGCGUCUGGGGCGACGCAGACGGAUUCGCCGGUAUCCGACGCUUUCUCCAUGGCACCUGGCUGGGGCGGAAGAUCGUCGACGCGUUUUGGGGCAUCUUGGCCAAGGACGUGAUCCAGCUGAAUGGGUACGACAAGCAUCCAGAGACGAAGAAGCUCAAACCAUGGUUCAGUCCGUUCUGGGUGGCUUCGGGGCUGAGUAUCUUCAACUAUCCGACUGACAUUUUCGACUAUGUCCGCGACGGGACUAUCAAAGUCCACAUCGCAGACGUCACGCAUGUCUCGCCCAAGACGGUGCAUCUGUCCACCGGCGAGGCACUGCCCUCGGAUGCCCUCAUCUGCUGCACGGGAUGGAAGAGCACGCCGCCCCUGAAGUUCCUGCCCGAGGGAAUCGACCGGGAGCUGGGACUUCCAUGGAGCCCGGACGUGCUCGACGAGGAGCUCGUCAAGGACGCUGAUGAGGAGAUCUUGAGACGCUUCCCUCGUCUGCGAGACCAGCCUGCCAGCAACCCAAGGUACAAACCGCUAUCCAGCAAUGCGGCAGCUGAGGCGCCGCAUCCAUUCCGACUGAUGCGGUUCAUGGUCCCGCCAGGGAUGAUCCAAGACCGAUCCAUUGUCUUUCUCGGGAUAACGAUGACCAUCAACGUGUCGAUUAUCGCGCAGACACAAGCGCUGUGGGCGACAGCAUAUCUAGACGACAAGCUUGACGUGAAGCCAGCGGUCACUCGCUCGGUAGCAAGCAAGGCAGCAGAUCCAGAUCCAGAUCCAGACUCAGACCUUCAAUGGGAAACUGCCAUGCACACGCAAUUCGGCAAAUGGCGCUACCCAGGCGGUUUUGGCCGCCAGCAUCCCGACUUUGUGUUCGACGCCAUUCCGUACGUCGACCUGCUGCUGACGGACCUGGGGCUGCGUGCGCAUCGGAAACGAGGCCGGUUGGCGGAGAUGUUUGAGCCGUAUGGGCCGGAGGACUAUCGCGGGAUUGUGAAUGAGUGGAGACAGAAGACCGAUAGAGAGGGGGAGAGAGAGAUCGUAAAUGGAUGA